AUGGAGGAUGCCUUGUCGCUCCAAAAGUCCAAGGCGCAGUGGCUCGCCGCUCUCGACGAUGCCAUCGAUACCUUCCGCACCCUCGUCGCAGAGUCGGCCUCCAAGGCAUGGAAGCCCGUCAGCCUCGGCGGAAGCACGCCCGCUACUCCGAAUCUCGCCUCCACCUCGAGCUUCCCCAUGACGCCUUCCCAAAGCGCUGCCUCGUCUGGCGCUACCAAAACACCCGCAGCUUCACGCAGCAAGAAGCGCGACUCGUCCUCCCUUCGCCAUGUCGAGUCCAUCGAAGACUUUGACUCGCAUACCGACUCGCCCUCAUCGGCUGCAGGUGCUUCCACCGCUUCGCCGGCGCCCCAAAAGCCCUCCGCUUCCGACCCGCAGCCCUUCCGCAUCGGCCGAUUCCGUCCAGACCAGGUGGCCGUCCAUCGCAGAACCAGAAAGGGCCCCGACAUCUACAGAGCUGUCUCCGAGGUCGCCUACGACGGCACCGCAGACCUUCAUGCCUUCCGCUCCGUCCUCCAGACCGCCGAGACCCGCGCUUCUUGGGACCGCCUCGUCCAGUCGGCAGAGCUCGUCGAGCAGCUCGACCCCUUCACCCGCAUCAACAAGGUCCACUAUCGCCUAGGAUGGCCUGCUAGCCCUCGCGACGCCAUCGUCAUCAACCGAACCCUCGCCGACGACGCCACCCUCAUAGACAUCUCCACCUCGCUGCCGCGCUCUCCCGACGCCCCUUCCUACCUGCGUCCCGCUCCACCCUGCGUCCGAUCGCACGUACACCUCAUGGCAUGGUGCAUCCAGAUCCUUCCGCCAGAGCCUUCUACAUCAUCCUCCUCAACCACAAGGUCCAAGUCGACGUCGUCCUCCGCGCCCCUUCGCUCCUUGCCACGCAUCAAGCUUUCGGUAUUCUGGUCCUGGGACCUUCGAGGCGCAUGGAUGGGCAUGCCCUCCGGCGGCCUCGGCAUGCAUCUGCCAGAGCUCAUCAAGGCGCUCGCAUUCCACGUUCAAGACUACAGCGACAAGAUCCCCGCGCUCACCAACUAUGGCAGCUGCGUCGAAGUGCUCACAAGCACCUUCGACCCUACCCGAGACACGCUCGCCACCGAGUACGCCGUCGUUGAGGAAGAUGCAGCCGCACGCCAGGCUGAAGACCGCGCAGAAAAGGAUCUCGACACCGUUCACCUUUUGCGCUCUCGUCGAAAGCUCCAAGCCACCGUCGAGUUCCUCCUUCCCUCCUCAGAAGGCUGGGAUGUCAGGGUCCAAGCCAAAGGCCAGACAUUAUCGCCCACGGCAGAUGCAGAUGCUUCCGCCGAGGAUGGCCCAUUGUGGCGUGCAACAGCAGAGAGGGCAUCGGGCUCCCGCUUCACUCUCCUCUCCAUCCGCCACAAGACGCUCGACAGCCCCGAUCAGUUAGCCAGAAUUACCGUCAGGAUCCAACGUGUGGCGGCAAGCACCGAGCUCCGACUCAACGAUGCGCCCUUGAACAUUGAGCAUGUCGAGCCGCGCACCGCUGCAGCUUUGGCACAGCCUCUCCUCGAGGACACCGCGAGCAUCUCGGAGAUCAGCGUCGCCACCACCUCCACCGGCAGCGCCGCCUCUUUCAACGUCGGCACCGCUGCAAACGCCUCGCGCUCCGGAACGCCCAACCUCGGCUCGGCGCACCAGAUCAACAAUCAGAUCCGCCGCAACUACAUCUAUUUCACAAGCCUGCUCCAGGAGCCAGAGGCAAAGUGGAAGCCCAUCAGCGACAUGAAGGGCGUCACCGUCACCCAGCUCGACUCGAUCGACCCCACCCUCGUCGUCUACCGCGCAGAGGCCACCUUUGUGGGCGUUAGCGUGUGGGACCUCUUUUCCACCAUCGGAAAUGCAGGCGCGCGCGCCUACUGGGACAAGGCGCUCGACGACGCCGUGCUUCUCACCGACAUCAACGAGCUCAGCUCGCUCUGGCACACAAAGACCAAGCCCAGCUGGCCCGUCAGCGCCCGCGACACCGUCGUGAUCCAGACCGCCUACAAAUCUCCCACCUCGGUCCACAUCUUCUCCUUCUCCACCGACGAUCGCGCACAGCUGCCCGCCAUCCCGCCCGUCGAGUCCGGCACCAUCCGCACCCAGAUCGACCUGCGCGGCUGGUCCGUCGAGGCGCUCUCGCCCACCACCGUCCACGUCACCAUGCUCGAGCAGUCGGACCCCAAGGGCUGGACCAGCAAGUCGGCCACGCCCGCCGCCAUGGUCAGCGCCGUAGCCGGCGUGGGCGAAUAUGCCAUCAAGUUCGGCAGCCCUCCCGUCCUGACGCGCCUGCUCGGCGCAAAGGCAAAGGUGUCGCGCUACGACCAUGAGAAGGCCACCUUCCGCGUCGAGUACGCGUGCGAUGUGCCCCUCGACGACGAUCUCGGCGAUGCGCCCAACGUCGAGUGCGAGAUCCGGUGCGACGUCGAAACGUGGGCCACCUCGCUCGAUCUGGUCGUCGACCCGCCGCCCAUCUCCAUCUCGUGCCUCCGAAGGCACAAGCUGUCCCAAGGCGGCGGCGGGCUCUGGCUCACCAUCGAGCAUGCCGUUGCGUCGCUCGAGGACGAUUCGGCUCGCAUCAUCAUCCGCCGCGGCACCUCGCGCGACAAGGGAGCCGUCCACGUGAACGGAGCAAGCAUCAAGGUGGACGUCGACGAGCUCAACGAUGAGCAGGUGCAGCAGCUUAGCCGCCAGAAGCGAUCCAAACCGCAGCGUGUCCCUCUCGACCUGAUCAAUCCGGCGCGUAAACCGACCGAAGAGGCAGCAGCGGCCACGACCAAGACCGGCGGUGCAGAUGCAAGCGCGGCCGGCAGCGGUGAGUCGGGCAAGGAACAAGGGGCUCGACAAAGCGCAGAAAAUGGGACGGGCGAGCGCCGGCUCUCGGAUAGCACAUCCACGACCGCAGCGGCUGGUGUGGGUGCGAGCGCAGCCACCGAAGCAAAGAAGCGAGAGCGAGGCGACUCGACCAGCCAACCUGCCGCUGCGGUGCCGUUUUCGGACGAGACGCCGCGCCAGCCCAUGACGUGUGCUCUGGACGUGCUCUUCCUGCUUCGUCGAAUCCAUGCGGAGCGCUCGCCCGACCCGGCGGGCACGCCUGCCGGAUGGGCGCUGGUCACCGAGCGCAACGGCCUGUACGUGCGCAGGAAGCUCAUGGAAUCCAUCUCGAGCACCGUGCUCGUGCAGCGCGGCGACAAGGUCGUCCAGGGCCUCUCUGCCGAGGAUUUGCUCGACGUCGUCGCCAACCUGCGCAGCCGAAAGCAGUGGGACGACAAGAUCGAAUCCACCACCUUGCUCGAAAGCUAUGGCGACGGUUCGUUCACGUCGUUCAUCACGACCAAGGCGAGCUUUCCGUUCCGCGGCCGCGCGUUCCACCUGGCGAGUCUGACUGCGCGUGGCGCGCCGCCGUCGAGCAACGGUGCGACGAGCCCGGGCGAGGCGCCGCUGUCGAGCUCGGCAUCGUCGUGGUCUGGGCCGGCCGUGUACUUCCAUGCCUCGGCGUCGUUCCCGCAGCAGGACUUCGGAUUCGCACCGGACCGCCUCAACCCCAACGGGCUGCCGUUCGGCAAGGUGCUCAUCGACGGCUGGAUUCUCGAGACGCUCGAUCCGUACAGCUCGACGAGCUUCCAGAUUCCAUCGACGCGCUGCACGCACGUGGUGGCAGUCGACUAUGCGGGCAGCCUGCCCGUCGCGGUCAACACCAUGUGGAACGCCAACCUGCCACGCUCCGUGCUGCUGGUCGAGGACUAUCUCAAGGCGCGCGGCUCGAUCCCGUCGGUCAAGACGCCGCCGGCGUGCCUGCAGGUGCUCGGCGAUGGUCGCGAUGAGGACCAGGGCUUUGUGUGGUCGCUCAAGGAUCCUCAGCGCAAGAAUCUGCUCGUCUCGUCGAGCUUUGAUCCGGCGACGCGCACGUAUGUUGCGGUGAGCAUGCACCGCCCCAGCGCCGCGUCUGCAGCCGAGGAGGUGCCGGGCCUGCUGCCUGCCGCGUCGAUCGUGAGCAACGGCAAGCCGCGGCCGCCGCGGUCGUCGGACGCCUCGAUGACCAAGGGCGUCGCCGAGAAGCUCACGCAGGCUAUCAACGCCGCGCCGGGUACGCCGCUGCUCGGCUCGGCUGCACCACCGAUCAACUCGAGUGCCGAUCAGGACUCGAGCCUGUCGCGCGCCACGAGCAUGCACUCGAUCACGAGCGCGUCGGCGGCCAGUACGGCGUCGACCAUCCGCCGCCGCCCGAGCUCCAUCCACACCGACUCGCGCAACGCCAAGGACCUCAUCCUCAUGGAGGUCGAGAUCGAGCUGCGCCACUACCACAAGGGAUACGACGUGCAGUGCUUCUCCGAAUUCGCGCCGCUUGACGCAUCCGUCUCGGACUCGGCGACGGCUGCCUUGCCGAAGCAAGAUCGGUCUGCUGCUGGUGGCGAGACGGCCACGUCGGUGCACGACAAAGCCGGCGUCAACGCGAGCCGAGGUGCAGAGGCAGGCAAGCCGAAGCCGCCGUUCUCGCUCAGGAUGGCGCCCGAAAAGUCAAACGACCUGCCGGUGCAGCUCAAAGUGUACGACCUGCCACCGAGUGCCGUGCUGGCAGCGACGCUCGAUCCGUCGGCGCGACCGCGCAAGCACCUGGUGCGCGUCACAGUCCCAACCACGUCGUUCCUCGACCCGGUCGAAGACCCGCUAACCGGCUCCAAGCCCCCGGACACGCCGGUGUGGUACACAAACCUGCUGGAGCGCGGCGCGGUGCUGCGGCUGAUGGUGAAGCCGCUCAAAAGCGAGGGUGCGGAAGCCGACCCCGCCGGCGUGCCACGCGAUGCCAACGGUACACUGGUCUUCGCCACGCCCGUGGGCAAAGUGGCGGUGCGCAGCGGCGACGUGAAGCUCGACAUUGUGCAUGUCAACCAGACCUCGGCGAUGCUGCAGCGCGAGCAGAUUGGCAUCGAGCCCAUGACGCAGCUCAAGCGGAUCGCGCCGCCGCGCGCGCGCUCGGCGCGCAAAUCGGGGCUCGAGGGUGCGGCCGCCACGAUGGACGACGGACGGCUGCCCGAGGCGCUGCGUCGGCCAGUGGCACAGCGGACGGAUCUGUUGCAGCCGCCCGCUGCGGUGCAGGCGGAUGCGGGCAAGGACGAUGCCAAGGGUGCCAAGAGUGCGACUGGUGUUGCCGACAAGGCCGCUCGGCCGGCAACGGGCGUGGAGAAGAGCGGCAAGGCCGGGUCGCUGGCGCCUUCGUCGGCGGCGGGAUCGGCCAACGGCUCGGCUGCGGGGUCCGCGCCGCCUUCGCGCGCCGCGACGCCGUCGGCGCCCACGAGCGCCGGCGCGCAGAUCAUGAGCAUGUUCGGGUCGUACCCCCUGUCGCGCCUGGGCACAGGUAGCGCGCUGGCGUCGUCGCUCACGUCGGUCUCGUCCGUAACAGCGCGUGGCAGCAGCGUAGCGUCAUCGUCGUCGGCCAGAACCAACGCCGAGGCGCUUGCCGCCAGCGACCGCGCCAAGCACCCGCGCGCGGCAGACAAGGGCGACAAAGCCGCCACCGCACCUGACGCCGCCGGUGCUUCGCUCGACGAGCGGGGUAGUGCCGGUGAGGUUGUGGUCGAGGCAGCCGCAAGUGCGGGUAGCACCCUCGCGCAGGCGACCAAGGACGCCAUUUCGGCCCUGGGCGGCGUAUGGCGUUCCGAGGCGCAGUUUCGACUGUCGACACUCGUGCUGGUGGCGGUGGCGGCGUUUUUGGUCGGCUCGCUCAUGCGCUCCAUGCUGGCGCCCCUCGACUUUGUACUCGCCCCCACGGGGGUACCGCAGCCCGCGGCGGAUGGCGACUUUACCCAGCUCGUGCGUAGUCUGCGUGCGGGUGAGAGCGGCAAGAUCGAUAGGCUCGUGGAGCAGCUAGGCAGCAGCGCGAAGGGUGGGGGUGGCGUGACGCAGAUGCAGUGGACGCAGCUGCGGCGCCUCGUGCAUGUGCCCGUGCCCGUGCUCGGGUGGGACAUUGUACUUGCCGGCAUACGUCGGCGUGGCUAG